GUCGCUCUGGAUAAGAGCGUCUGCUAAAUGACUCAAAAAGAAAGAAAAAGAAGCUCCCUGGGAAGUAAAUACAGCUUUAUUGGUAUUUUACAGUACAACUGCUAGCUCCCCACACCCACGUAGCAGCAGAACUACUGCAAUCACGGCACUUUACAUUCAGCAGGGCGAUAAAGUGUGAAUCGAGAGUUGAGUGCAGUGCUGAGGUGUUUAUUGCAUAGAGCGAGGCAGCAGUGUGUUUGAUCUCUGUAUGUCUGUCUGUCUGUCUGUAGAGGGGAGUGAUACUUCUGAAUGAUUCAUAUUCAGGCCUGGUGUAGACUCAUCUUAUGCAUACUGAUGUCCUACUUCUCAUGUAAGUGUGAAGCACUAACACAUCUGGAAACAAGAGGUUUACAUCCAGACAGACACAAAGGCUGUCACAGCUAUAUCUACUGUGUAGCUAAGAGUUACCACCAUUAUUGUUUGGCAAAGACAUUAACAUUUUGUGUUUGUCAUCAACUAUGCCACCUCGCCACAUUUUGUAUUCGCCCACUCAUAGACUAUCGACUUGUAGAAUUCAAUGAGAGCAUAAUUAUUAUUGAGACUUGACACAAGUGAGCAUGCAGAUUUGAACCUUCAUUGAUUUCAGCAGUUGGGACACGACACAGGAAGAUUAUUGUUAAUAACACAAAGACCACCGUGUGUGAAAGAGGAGAGCUGUAUUCUGUGAGGCGGUGAGUGAUAUGGGAAAUUUAUAUAAGAAGCAGCACACUGUCCGCAAUCACACUUCCCUGCUUUCUACUGUACAUUUGAGCACUUUCUGUAGUGUAGUGGUUAUCAAGGUCCCCAGUUUGGAACCGGGUGGAAACAGUGAUUUCCCAGGUAGCCUAGCGGUUAGAGCGAAAGGUCGCUGGUUUUAAAUCCACGCACCAACAAGGUGAGAAAUCUGUCGAUGUGCCCUUGAGCAAGGCUUUUAACCCUAAUUGCUCCAGGAUUGCUGUUGAUAAUGGCUCUCUCUCUCUCUGAGGGUGUCUCAGGGAGAGUUGGGAAAUGCAAAAAAAGUACAUUUCUAAUUCAUGGGUGAAAAAAGGAUAAAUAUAAGUUCCCACCAAAAUUAUUUAUUUUAUUAUUACCUGCAGAGGCGGUUAAUGCGGAGGACAGGUGGAACCAGUUUGUGUCUCAUUACCCUGGCUGCCUCCCAACUCUUAGCAGACAUGUCACGGAUGUUUGCCAUAUUUCCUCUCACUCUCCCCCCUUGCUUCACGGUCCGAAUUAUAAGCUUCACCUGCUCGGAAAGGUUUUCUUGUGAUGCUUGAAGGCUGGAAUUGGGUCAUAUCUGUAGGACCAGAUGGGAGUCUGAAGGGAUGGGAUUUUAUUUAAGCCUACACAGUACAGAAAUAAUUUAGGGUGGAGGUGCUUAGUUGAACUGAGUGCAAAGCAAGCCAAACGCUGCAAACAAAACUUGAAAGCUAAAGUUGGUAUUGAUUUAAAUAUGCAGAUAAUGUGCUGGAGAAAAUGUGUUGUCAUGGGAGAGAUUUGAGAGAAAGCCAGAGAGAAAAACUAGACUUUCAGUGCCCUGAGAUGGACUACAAAGUAGCUAACAGAAAAGAACAUACACUUAUUGAUGUGUAAUGAUGCCUCUGCUAUGUUUUUUCCGGAUGAACAAAUUUGCAUUUUCAAAUUUUAAUCCUUAGCAUCACGAUGCAGCCGCUUCCUCUGUGAGACAUCCUUAAUUUCACAGACAUUCAGAUGCACACGAGUGAGGAGAGGAGCUGGACAGCUGUCUAGUCUGUGCUGAAAGUACUGGGGUGUAAUUUCUCACUAUAUAUAUCCAUCUUAGGGGGGAGAACAUGUAUGUGCUGUAUGUCUGUGACAUCUAGACAAGUUGUGAUUGGGGCUCAGGGGAGAGGGUGGAUACAGCCUCUAGCCUGAGCCAACUGUUUCUCACACUCCCCCCCCAAAUAAAAAAAAGAACGCAUGACAAUGGGAAAAAUUCUAGAACUGUCCACAAGAUUCCGGAAAUACCAGAGGACAACCUUGACUAGAUUCCACAAGCAUUCUUCUUCUUUUCUAUUACAACACAGCAAACAGAAAAUAGCACAAGAGUCUUCUCAACUUUACAACAUUUAACUGGAAUGAAUGAAUCCCCAGGUUCCUAACGGGUAGAUCGAUCUACCAGAGCUGGUACCAACAGAGCUCCUACUUACCCACAUAUCCUACUAUGGCCCGGAACAACAGCCAACCCAGUAUGGCCUGCUCCAGCAUAGGUCGUCCAUACAUAUCAUUCCUUGAUAUGGACAAGGCUGAUGACAUCUGGCAGUGUGUCAAGAACAAGGUGGCCUCCAGUCUGUGUGGCCCCCAUGUGACGGCCAUGCCCCACCUGCGUGAUGCCCAGAUGUUCCGUCCUCUCUGCGUUAUCGGGAAGCGUGUGGAGCGUUCGCUGCGUGUGCGUAAGGUCCGCUCCUUGUUCCCCCUGGGGCCCCUGAAGGACCUGUUAGAUGACCCGGCCGGCUCCCCAGAGGCCUCCCUGAAGACUGAGGGGCUCGUGCGCUGCGAUUUCCUGCACGACGAGUUCCUGGACGGCGUGGGGAGGGUCCGUGUGCAGGUCAGCAACCUGAGGAAAGAGGCAGCGGUUUGUCCCUUGGCCCCACACAGACAGCUGUCCCUCAGGGACAACCUGCCCUGGCUGGACUCUGUUCACCGCCUCUACCUGGUGAGCGAGGUGUACUGCAGCUCUGACGCCAAGCUGCGUGUGCUGGGGAUGGAGAGGAGGACAGAGCUGAGGCUGGGGCCCGACACCCCACUGGCCUUCUCCUGCCUCAGGCUCUCUGUCUCUCCCUCGGGCCUGUUGGAGGUGUGUGACGGCUGGGAGGGCAGCUACCUACACCCCAAGGCCAGGUGGGCCAAGUUCGACUCCCCGGACUAUGCCUCUCUGGUAGCAGGGAGACCGGUGUCUGAGCCCAAGAUGAUGAGCCUGCUCUCCCAGUUUGCGUUCAACAUCUCCCACCCCUCCAUAAUCUCCCUGCCCAACUCGGCCCUCCACCUGCCGGGCCCGUCCCCCAGCAAGGAGCAACACCAGGAGGCGCAGGAGAUCUCCAGCGAGGCCCUGCUGCCCCUGGAUGAGGAGGAGGAGGAGGGAAGCUGAUGAAGAGGGAGGAGGACAGGAAGGCAGAAGGGGGGCUGAUAGGGAGAGGUAGAGGGGGUGGAGGAGAGGAGCGUGAGGAGAGGACAUUGGUCUCUCGGGGGUAAAAGCCAAUUAAAUGAAAUUGACAGCUGAGCAACGCUGUAUUCCAUCCACAGUUUAUUAUUGUACACCACGGACACGGAUAUUAGUAAUCUACGCCAACCCUUCAAGUUAUCUAGUCAAACAGAGAAAAAGUUCCUGUUCUGUGAUUCCAAGGACAAUUCCUUUGAGAGUGAGUCAAUGUAUUGUUGAACUAGGCAGUUUUAUUAAUUACAGCGUGUGUGUAAAGUCCUCGAUCUUGGGGAGUUACAUGUACAGCAGUCCUCGAUCUUGGGGAGUUACAUGUACAGCAGUCCUCGAUCUUGGGGAGUUACAUGUACAGCAGUCCUCGAUCUUGGGGAGUUACAUGUACAGCAGUCCUCGAUCUUGGGGAGUUACAUGUACAGCAGUCCUCGAUCUUGGGGAGUUACAUGUACAGCAGCUGGUCCUCAUGUCAUCUCUUUCUCUGAAAGAUUCAUCCAACACCCAUAGAGAAGGUGGAGGGAGGGAGGAGGAGGGAGUGAUAGAUGGAUAGAGAGAGGGACAGAGAUAAAGAGGGACAGAGAUAAAGAGGGACAGAGAUAAAGCGAGGAAUAAAAGAGAAGUAUGGGACGAUAACAGAGAUAACCCACAUCACACCAGAUAACCCACAUCACACCAGAUAACCCACAUCACACCAGAU